GCUUCCUUUUUAUUCAGGACUCGUUGACAACUGUUGCACUAACAUCUUGAUUGACUUGUAGUUGGUAUGGGAAGUUUAUUUCAAGAGAAUAAGCUGCUUGUAUCAGUCGGACAACUCGAAAUUUAUUCACCCAAGUCGUGAAGCUCGCGUAGCUCGGACCAGUUCAAAAGUUUAUGUGAAUUGUGGUUUUUUAAGUAUCUUUUAAUGUCGAUGUUUCUGUCCGCACGGAAGACGCCGAUGUCUUUUACUUAACCCUUGUAAAGUUGCCAAACUUGGACAAGAGAUUCAUUCCUCCUUCGCUUGUUCGAAACGAGACAAAAGUGCAGUGUUUGUAAACGCAAAUUGUUCCCGAAUCAAUAUCAAACAGUCAUUAAGCAUAUUUCGGAGGGCGCUUAUUGUAAUUAUAACUUGUAAGUUUCUUCUUAUUUAAUUUUUGGGACUUGUUUAGUGUCAUUUGCUUGGUGUAUGUAACACUUAGUGAAAGUAUGUCCGAACCGGUAAAAGCUCACUUAUUGCCUAUCAGGUCAACAAAACCCUUCACAGACCCGAAGGCUGCCCCUGACUGUGAAUCUUUAUAAUUUGCCAGUGGUGUGUAAACCAACAAUUAAUAUUGUUUUGCUCUUAUACAUGUAUAUAUAUAGCUCGCUUGAUUAGAUAGAGCAGCGAUAUCUAAUAUACCGUAUUUUCCCUAUCAAAGAUGGGUUAUUUUCAAUUUUUAAAGCAUUUUUUUCUGCGCGAGAUGUUACGCACGUUUGAUUCACAAUGUGUUCCCCACAUGAGUGACCGUGUUACUGCUUUGAGAACCUUUCCGCGGUAUCAUUUCUCCUCGAAAGAAUGCUAAUAGACAGAUAAUUGCUCGUUUGGCUCCAAAUGCGUUGAAACUAAUGAUCGGGAACAACUCGCGUACAAAGGAAAUGUUUAAGAGGUUGUUAAAAAUAGAAAACAGUAAGGAAAGGUUAUAGUUUUAGAGUCGUUUAGCCUUGGCAAAAUGUGUCUCAGCUCAAAAUAUUUUUGUAAUCAACUUCAGAAGCCUGAUUAAGAUUGUGAAGAAUUGUGCUAAGCGUGUUAUUUAAGCUGAUCAACUUUUUCAAGUGUAACCAUAGAUGCCAAUUCCUGUUUACUAAUAUAGGUGCACUCAAGAUUUACGUACGCACUUGUGAAAAUGACAGAACGUUCCUUAGACGUAGAAUUUAUAAUCGUUCCAUUGAUAAAUUUUCUUUACUUUCAUUCUCAUAAAGACGAUCGAAAGAAAGAUUCAAUCACGUAUACUGAAUGAGGGCCCGCAGAGCGUGCAAAAAUAUUUGCAGUCGUGACUGCCGGAGGCAACAGCUGAAAGUAAUUACUUUAAGAAGGAAAGUGAUUUUCGUGACUCUUCAUCCAUGCAAUUUACACAUUUACUUAUCACGUAACGUAUACAGAAGAUUUUAUUUUAAGGUCACUAUUUUAAAUGUUUGCCUAUAGCUUUAAGGCCACUACUAAAGUACCAGUUGCACUGAAAAAACGUGCUCAAUCUAACUGCAAGUGUUUUUCGAUUGCCCCAGUGAUCUUUCCGAGGUGAAAUAUUCAAUCAAAAGAUAUCGAAACGUCGCUUUUUAAUUAAAGACGAAACAACUCUGACAAAAAAAAAAAACAUUUCUGUUCAUGAUGUCUGGCAGUACGCCGUGGUUGCCAACCUUUAACCCGAAUAUUGUCACCACCACUAAAAUCUCGGCCAGAGUCAUACGUAUCUGUUUUCAUACAUCACGAAUCUUGUUUAUUUAGUCUCCGACUCGUUCGUCAAUGCUCUUGGUCAGUUUAUGUCUUCUCGUGGCUUGUUUCCUUGAAUUUGUCAUAAAACAGUCAAGAGAAACUGGGAUUUGAUCACUGGAAAUGUUAAUUACCAUGUAUAAACCUGCUCGGGCAAAGCACGGAAACUAAAGAGGUCUCUUACCCGCUGGUCAACUUGAGUUUAAAAUGGAAAGAGUAGAAGGCCUUGAUUAUGUCAAUAAUGAAGAGGGCCUAACAUUUGCAAGUGAUGAUGAUCAAUACACAGACGAUGAGGACUUGGGAUCGGAUUGUAGCUGCUCGACAUGUAGUACAUGUAGUACAUGCAGUACGUGUGAGAUGUGUCACGCGGAAGAGACUGGGGAACAGAGUUAUGACGAAGAAGAACACGACAUUCCCGGAUGUGAACAAGAUCUACAAAACGAUAUUCAUUAUUUCAACAGUGAUAGCGACAAUAUGGAGAAACUGACGCACUUACAAGGCGACGAGUUACAUUUUUCAUCGAAGAACGGCUUCACAAAGGACGAUCAGCUCAUUAUUGAAAAGUUUGCCAACGUUGUAGUCUUGAAAGCUGAUGCGUCGCAGUUUAAGAAUGGAGGUUACUUCACAGGCGAUGAUAAUUCACAGGAAAUUCUUCUCGGUAGUAAACAACGGAAGAAGAAAGUGACCUUUUUAGAUGAUUCUUCGUCAUCUGAUGAAGUCACGCAAGCCGAGGCAUAUUCUAUUUCCAGUCUCUCUGACAGUAGCACGAGUGGCUCGUACCCAGACUAUGCGCAACCUCUUCAAAAUGGCGACCAUUACGACAAAAACGUCGAGAGAGACCAAGACGAUGGACAGAAAAAUAAUUUCUCCGAAGGAGAAAUGAAGAGAGAAUAUCAUCGCUUGAGAGGCGUUUUGAAAACGAUCGAUCCUCUUAAAUUGCACGCUAUACUAAAACACAACUUGAAAACCAAAGAUCCUGAAACGAUCAAUGCCUUAGGCACUUUACUUCCAAAGAGCAAGUUUACCGCUGACACUGUUCACUGUGUUCGCUGUCACAAGGAGUAUGAUCCUCACUAUGGCAGAAAAAGAUGUACGCUCCACCACCCGGAGAAAGACGUUUGCAAAAUAUCCCAGAACUCUCUAGGCGCUGACUUCAAGUGCAGCUUGUGCUCAACAUUGUUUACUCUCCAAGGAGUCUGGGACUAUAAAUUAAGCAGUGUAACCGAACAGAAUUGUGGGGUAUGCUUUGAUGGCGUUCACACGCCUGAUCCUGAUGAAGUUAGUUACCAGCCCUCUGGCGCGGCGCAGUGCUGUGAGGACAAAGGCUGUAUUGAAUUUUACGUAUAGUUAAUUAAGCGCUAAAUCCAAUUUAUUUUCGUAUUUAAGUAAAUUGACACUCUCUCCGAUAGUAGCCGUGAAUUUUACUGGUUGUUUUGCCGCUGUUCAGCCUGGUAACCAGACUUUUGCUCUUGUACUGUUUUGUUUACAGUACGAAAUGGCGGUCACCUUGUCGGCGCGCUAGCGAAACUUCGGCUGGAAGCGAGCGAGUAGGUGACGUAUCUUAUCAAAUUGAACGAACCAAGAACAUUGAACGACGAACAUCGAAGACUAAGAGAUCGACUAGACUUAAUUAAAACUGACGAGACUGCUAUUAAAAAAAUUCCAUGGAAUACACAUCCUUCAUCCACCCAUGAAUUUUCAAUUUUGUCAGCUUCUCUGUAGCUUGAAAUGUCAGUCAUCUUCCGCUCUCAACCUAACUUCCGGACGAACGAGUCUCUCGCCCGGAAAUAGGUCACUUUCGAUAUAUUAAAAUUCAGCUUGAUAGCCGGAGGCCUAGAGGACACAAACAAAAAAUUGAAUAAACAUGGUCGUUCAAUUCCGUUUGUUUAUGUCCUCUAGGCCUCUGUGCCAAGUUGAAUUUUAAUGUAUCGAAGAAACAGUCUAUUGACUAUUGACUAUGACUAUGACUGAAAUUUCAGGCUAGCAUCUCUAUUUUUUUUCCAAGUUUAUUUUCUGUCUCUACCGUCUGGCACUGCACCAGCCUCAUACCCAGACACCUUAACAAGUUCUCUUGUUCAUUUUGCAUUUUAGCAACGAAAGUUUUAUUUUAUCAGUCUUCAAUUCAACAUCUUGUUACGUCGAUCUCUUAUUUAGACUGCUGGCAGCCGAUCUCUUUGUGUUGUUUGUUUUUAUCCAUCCGUGAACAAGAACCCAAAAUGGCUGUAUGGACGAAAAGAGAUUGGGACGAGACGACUGAGUUUCAAUC